UUGCAAUAUUUUCAAAUUAUUAGAUCAUUUAGACCUGUUAAUAUAACCUAAAAUUGAUUUCAUUAAAAUUGAAUUUGAUGAGGUUGAAUGGGAUAGUUAACUGAUCAUUCAACUUUGCCCUCUGACCAAUCAUUCUUUAGAAAUGUCACUGAGGGAGAAGAAAAAUGACUCAAGCUAUGAGUCCAUUGCUGAAGUUUUUCGCUGCAUCAUAUGUAUGGAAAAGCUGCGUGAUGCGCACUUGUGUCCUCACUGCUCAAAGCUGUGCUGCUAUUUGUGUGUGCGUCGUUGGCUCACUGAACAGCGCUCAGAAUGUCCUCACUGCCGAGCCUCCUUGCAUCUUGAAGAUCUGGUCAAUUGUCGUUGGGUUGAGGAAGUAACACAGCAGCUGGCAUCUCUGCAGCAAUCACGGCCACCUCCUACUUCUCAACAAGUUUCUGAGCAUGACAAGGAGAGAUGCAGUCAACACUCUGAAAAGUUAUCGGUGUACUGCUGGACAUGCUGCGUUGUGAUGUGUCAUCGCUGUGCGCUGUGGGGAGGCCUUCAUGCAGGCCACAGCUUGCGCCCUCUGGAGGAGGUGUAUCAGUGCUACGUCACUGAGCUGAGGGAGGAAGUCAUGCAGCUUAGACGACGGCUGCAUGAACUUGUUGCUUUGGUGCAGGAAGUGGAACGCAAUGUUGAGUCAGUGCGCGGCGCCAAAGACGAGCGAGUGAAGGAGAUUCGCAACGCCGUGGAGCUGAUGAUAGCGAGGCUGGACUCGCAGCUUAAGAGCAAGAUAGUCACGCUCAUGGGGCAGAAGAAUAGCCUUACGCAGGAGAUGGAGCAGCUCGAGACCUUCCUGCAUCAGAUAGAGCAGCAGCUCCACACAUGCACCAAGUCAGAGCUUAUCCAACGAGCAGACGAGCUUCACUCUCUCGUGGCGCCGCUGAAUAAGAAGCCCAUGGCUUCUUUCGUGACGGCGCCUGUACCUGCCGACUUUCAGAGCGAGAUCGUACCCGAGUACGAGUCGAGCACGUUUGUGCUGAGCAACUUCUCUCAGCUGCAGCACAAAGCUGACCCUGUGUACUCCCCCACCCUGCAGGUCAAUGGACUUGCCUGGCGACUCAAGGUUUACCCGGACGGCAACGGCGUCGUCAGAGGCAAUUAUCUGUCGGUCUUCCUAGAGCUCACAGCAGGCUUGCCUGAAACAUCCAAGUACGAAUACCGCGUGGAAAUGAUACACCAAGGGUCACGGGACGCCACGCGCAAUAUAGUCCGCGAGUUUUCAUCAGAUUUCGAUGUUUCCGAGUGUUGGGGCUACAACCGCUUCUUCAGGCUCGACUUGCUUGCGGCUGAAGGCUACCUAAACACUGAGACUGACACACUCAUAUUGAGGUUCCAGGUGAGACCCCCGACCUUCUUCCAGAAAUGCCGUGACCAGCAGUGGUACAUUCACCAGCUGCAGCGUCAGCUCUCCAGCUCAAAGGAAAGGCUUCCUGCAGAAACGAACCGCAGUUCUGCUCCACAAGGUGAAACCGUUACUGCAACGAGCCUGUCAUCUUCAUCUGCAGCAACUGUGUUGUCAGUGAGCGGAGGUAGUAGCAGUGGGAGUACCACCACCACGGUCACAGUUGACAGUUUGUCAUCGUUGUUGUCUCAUCUGAAUGUUUGCGUGCCACUCACGCCCUUCAAUUCGGCAGGAGUGAGUAACAACGCUCCUGAAGCUGCAGAGACGCGGUCUGGAACGUCGUUGAGUAAUCCUGAGGAAAUCGUGUCUUGGGUCGCGUGCAAUGAUGCUGAUACAUCAACAGACGACUUGUCAAUGCCAGGCGUCUCUGCUUCGUCCAUAAUUCGGGAUGUUUCUACUUCCGACGACGGGACUACCACUAAGUUUACCAUCGAUUUAGGAAACCUGACUGCAUCACUAUCAACCUUUCUUCAGCAACAACAAAUGCAUCAGUUACUGAGGAUGGGACACAAGGCUGCUGCGUGUGAUGGUGCUAGUGCCGUAGUGGGGCCCCUUGGUGAUGGUGCUGGAGAAAUGGCAGAACACCGAACUCCCGCGUCUUCUGAUUCUGAGGCUAGUGAAGGUGAGCUACAGGAUUGCGACGACGCUUUCUUGGGUGACAACAGCCAAGACUAUGACAGUCUUCCUGACACUGGCCUUAUAACACCUGCUACUGAAGAGAAUGACGUGGAAAAUGAAACAAACAUGGGCGAAAACCUCGUUGAAAAUCUGCACGACGGUCGAGAUACAAAUUCGUACAGCGAAGAUGAUACUUCCACGGCUGUUGAUGAAGUGGAUCGUUGUGAUGACAGUGGUGAUACGCCGGUACUGAGCAGUACCAACGAUGCUGUGGAGCUUCAACCACUUAUACCCCAACAACAUUCAGAUGGUGGGCACGCUCAAAGCUUGAGACUCGCUGAUCAUUUGAAUGACUCGCUCGCUCAAAAUCUGCAUUCGCUGCAAUAUCGUGACUUGUGUGAAGCUGAGAAUGAGAGCCAAAAUGCCUUGUUCAACCAUCUCGGUUCAGGCGGAGACUUCUGGAACAUCGUAGCUGUGACGCCGUUUAAUCCAUACAAGAUUCGUUUGUCUGAGGACUCGCACGGGAACGCUUCUGCCACAGCAGCGCGCGUUCCACUUUUGCAGCAAAGCAGCCCAGUUUCCACUUCUUGCUAUGUGAAGAAAUCUAAAUCAUAUAAUACUGCUAAUGGGUUCAAUAGCAGCUGCAUUGGCAAAUUUGCGGGCGAUUAUUCUCCUCCAGAAAUACAGAAAUAUAAACCAAUGAGAUUCAUUGGCGCGCAAGAGCCUAGCACCAGCACCGUUCAAGAAUUAUCCAGUGGGAAUGGAUCGUCUGUCAAAUCAAGUCGUAACGGAUGUCAAAGUGCAAAAAAUAACUCGUACGAUAGUUGUAGAAGUAAUGUGUUACAGACUGCGAAAGGCGUUGUCACCAAGAAGCGUACCGAAAACAACAGUCCAAACAAAAAUCCUCAACGCAGUUCGGCGUCAGAAACUUCCUCGGGAGCAUCGUCAGCAUCUGCACUUACCUUGGACUUGCAGCGCUCGAAUUCUAGCGAAGAAGAAGCACUUUUGUUGCAACUUCUUGAUUUACCCACUGUUAAACCUAAGACACAUCAAGGUGCACGAUCAUCGUGGGGUUCCAGUUGCUCAUCAAAAAACAACGGGAAUGCAGGACCCAGGCCUUGCAAGCCAGUUCCUUUACUCCCCAUAGCUUCGAGCGUUUUGGACACCCUGCAGCUGGAUAUGGCGGCGGCCUUACUCAACACAGUAUCUGGACCUGCUAAUUCCUCUGCAUCUAAUCCGCAAUCGAAUCAAAGGUCUGCAUCUUCCAGCUCAUUCUUUGGAAAAAAUGAAGCUACUAACCAGAGAGCGUCUAGUCCGCAGACACCAGAUAAGGAUGAAAGCGAUUUGAACAUAAGUGACUUAUCUUUGGACCCUGUAUCACUGUUGGACAUUACGGACUUGGAAGAAGGGACACUUGUAGAGUCCUUUCAUUUGAGUAAAUCCCAGAGACCUGGAGCUGGAGGAAAUAAUAAAGCUGUCAAGAGCCCAAAAAAGGGGGACUCUUCACGGCCGCAAUUUUUAUCUGAUAUUAAGCCUGUAAGAGGGUCUAAUUAUCAGGGGCAAGCAGGCUCACUUCGCGACGCUGCUGCGUCACUUUUCUCGAGUAGCUGCAAGGAGACGAAAAUAUCGAAAAAAUCUCCUGAAUCUGAAGUGAAAUCUCGCGUUAGCAACGAAACAAGUGCACCAUCAGAAAGACGUGCGUCUUCCAACUCCGGAAGGGCAUCAACAGAACCACGAAAAUCUGAAGUUGAAGAUACAAAGCGAAAUUAAUCGCAAUGCGGAGGGAGUGGGGCGGAAUCCUAUUUUUGCGUGAAGCUUGCGACGGCAAGAGUACAUUCCUAUAUAUAACCACAGCUAUUUUCAAUGGUUGAUAGAAAUAUGCGAACGGCGUUGAAUAUUGGGACACUGGAAUGGUUAUGAAACUUUAAUAUUUAUCUGAUCCCUUUUCAUAUUUGUGUGAACAUUGUACGGUAAACUGAAUUGAAGCAGUAAUGUAGAGAUAAUUUAAUAUUUGGCUAUUUUGUUUUCACGGGAAUACCCUUUUACUUACAUAGAGGAAAAUGAAUAAAGUACCCAUUUUAAUGGUUUAUCAAUCUAUUAAUCAAAUCUGCAUGAACGAUGUUUGACUGUAUAAUAUAUAAAUAAUAAACCAAGAUUCACACUAGGGUAAUGCAUACUUAUUUUCAAACAAUUUACGGACCCUAAGCACAAGUGACGUAUUUAAAUCAGCGAUGGAACAGCAGGCAAUAAUUAUGCCUGCUUGGCGUUGCGUUCUGCUGGCUACCACUUCAAUUAUGAAGUGGUAGCCACGUAUAGACUGCGGCGACGUGUGCGCCACGACAUAAAUUGGGGCGAAACACAGUGGCUGUAAAUUGAUCUUUCAAAACUUUACUCGAAAUAUAUUUCAUGUGUCACAAUCCAUCUAUUUUAGAAUUCAUCGACUUAGAUGUUGAUGACUCGGCUAAGUUUCUGGACCCGAUUGAGUAACGAGUCUCCCUGCUUGACGACGGCCUGAUACUGCCAGUUCUUGUUGUCUGGUCUGUUGGUCUCGACGAUUCCGCCCACCUUGUCUAUCUUGCAGUGCAGGUGCCCACCAGAGAUGAACCGUGACAAUUCCCUGAAGCGAGUGUAAAUAUUCUUAUCACAACUCGGCCCUCAGCAUGCGAUUGCAAACGCAAAUUUCUAAAAAAAGGUGCAACAGAUCAUGUUUUUGUACUAGAUGUUCAUCUUUCACUCUGGUUGCAUUAAAAUUUAGUUUCAACACAAUAUAUGUACACGGAUAAAAAACCAAGUGUUAUUUAUUACCUACAGAAUGAAUUGUUGAUACGAACCAGUAAUAUAAGUUGUUCAUUCUAAAUAAAAUAAAAUUAUUUACUAACUUGUCACAUAAAGUUACUCGUCACAUUAUUGCGGCAAAUAAAGGCUAAUUUUUGA